UUGGGCUUUGUGUAAGUUUAGAAACGCUUUCCAGGUGGGAAGUGGUAAAGAGUUGUGAGCUGAGGGAAGCGGAGGGGAGAAGGGCAGGGAGAGAUGGCCGGAGGAAUAGGAGCAUUUUGGGCAACAAGAGUGAUGGAGAUAGUGAAAAAGCACGACUCCGGAGGCCUCGUUUGGAAGAGAAUUAAGCUCACUUCUACCCGCAAAGCCAACGCCAAGAAACGGCUCCAUCGCGUUUGGCAGAAUGAAGCUGUUUUGAGGGCAUGUGCAGAACCACCUUCAAAAACAACUGAUGUUGUAGCUGGUGAGAAAGAUGGGGAACAGGCAACGUAAUGGACAAAAUGAGGAAGAGAUUACAUGAGCCUCAAAGGAGGAUUUUGAUGAUUAUUGGCUUCAUGUUGCAAAAGCAGUUUGAGAUUUGAAUUUGGUUGGAUACCAUCAAUGACCACUAUUUUAUUUGUGUUUAAGACCAUUGCUGUAACAAUUUUUUGAUCAUGUAGUAGUAUGCAGCUUGUUGGUCAUUGGACACAGUCAAUCAUAAUCUUGCAUCCUCGUAAGAACACCUUAAUGUGAACACUAGCUUGUCAAUGAAAUAUCUAAACUUGGUUUCUAGUGAAAUAAUCAA